AUGCGAAUGUCUUGCCCGCAUGAUCAUGACCUGGACGCCGUGCUGCUGGCAAUCAUCGACCUGGUAGGAGUCGCCCAGUUGCCGAAAGCCCUCACAGGUGAAGAAGAAUCCAUGGACACUCAGCAUCAUGUGGAAAAUACUGCGAGGAUGUUUGGCUGUGGUGGUGCGGUGGCACCAAAAGCAGAUGAAAAAGCUCCUGAAAGCUCAAAGAGUGCGAUUCAGAGAAAAGAGACCAAUGUACGGCAUGAAUCAAAGUACUCCGGACGAAAAAGAAAACAAAAGUUCUAG